AUGUCGACAUCGCACUCUCCGUCUGAUAGUGAGGUCGCACCACUAAUUCGUUCUAACACUCGUUCGAUGCGCCGUCCUAGCAAUGAGGCUUCCUCAUCUCGCCCCGUUCGGGCUUCCAUUCCCGAGCUAACUGAAAUUCCGAUCCGAGAUGGUAGGAAUAACGCCGCGACCGCCAUGGAAACCGGAGAGUCUUCUAAUCCCGUUCGCUCAAGGGGCGAGGAUCGCUUUGCCGCACCGGGCGUUUUCUUGAAUGAUAUCCAGCUUACCCUCGACCACAAAGGUCAGAUCGGUGGAAUUCCGACCUCUAGUACUGUGAGCAGCAUCAACGAGAUGCUCGACGUUUGCGGUUUGGGGAGAUCCGGGGUCAGUAUCCUGAUUCCGCAUGAGACUCAACGCCCAUGGACUCCUCCAAAGGGAUACAUCUGUCUGUACGAGAUGUACUUCACCCGCUGCCGCCUGUGGUUUCCUCUGCCCGAGCUCUUGUCCCAAUAUACUCAUCGCCGUAAGCUGGCGAUCUCUCAGCUCGCUCCGGCCAGUAUUUGUAACAUCGUUGGAGUACUGACCCUAGCGUCUGAGGUCGGUACAAGGGUUCCCGUCAUGUGCUUUGAGGAGAUGACGGUAUUGAAGAAAUCCAGGGUCGCCGGCAACUUCACCGUGAACAUGAGGGAGAAACAGAACGUCAUUCCCGGAACCCGAGUCAGCAAUUUCAAAGGCUGGGAAAAACGUUUCUUUUAUGUCCGAGCUGACUACCUCUCACUCGAAAAUCCUUUUGUUGGCUUACGCCGACGAUGGAAUAGUGAUCCGGAUCGCAUCCGAAACUUUUCUACCUUCCCAACGGAGUACUCCGGCAUUGUGGCAAGCCUGUUUAGCGGGGAGAAUCGAGUGUGGUACCAAUUUAGCCGAAAGCGAGUUGAAGAAGCGAUGGGAAGGAUCCCGAGAAAGUAUCCAAACUUCGCAGAGGAGCUGGCCAAAUCAUCAGGUACUUCGGUUACCGCCCUCCAGGCUCGUGAUGCCGAGCUCGUGGCACCAACGACAACGGCUAUGGAGGUCGCCGUAGUCGAACCGGCUUCCGGAGGAGAGAUCGCCCCUACUGAACCUGCGAUCGUGGAUCUGGAAGACGAUGGUGGAGGUGAGGGCGAGGUUCCCGGGCAGGAGGUCGUAACUGCCGAACAAGAGGUCGCUCUGUCUGAAGGAGACACGGCCGGGAGGAAGAAAAAGAAGAAGAGAAUCGACAAAGGCAAGGGCGUGGCUCUGGACUCUGGCAACCAGUCGAGCCGUAAGAGGUCGGCCGAAGCAGCUGACUUAGAGUCUUCUGAUCCUUUCCGAUUAACUCGGAAGGAUUCGAAGACAGACAAAUUCUGCUUCGACUACUUCGGAGAAAGCUUCGUAGCUGGCGAUCGUUACGCCUCGUCGAUCGCCUAUGGCAAUGCUCUCUUCUUCAAAUACGAAAAGAGGGUGAAGUCGCGCUCUACGGCGAAUCACGCCUUCUUGAUGAUGGAGAAAUGCGCCAAAGAGGCCCAGGACAAAGUGGCCAUGCUGCGGAAGCAAGUGGGAGGCUUGGAGGAACAGGCCAAGGUUCAAGAGGGAGUCGUCGCUUCCUUAGAGGAUACAAUUGCUGGCCUUCGGGCCGAGAAUGCGACCCUUGCUGCGGAGAAGGCGAAAGCCGAUGGCGACCUUCAGCUCCUUCAGCAAUUCUGCGAAUCCGAAUGCUGGCGACUUCGCCUAGAUCGGCAGGCUGUGGUUGAGCGCACGAGGAAGAAGGCCCAAGAUCGCCUAGAUCGGGUGAAGGCGUUCCUGGCCGAGCAAGAGGUCACUGUUCGUCCGAAGGAAGACCUGUUGAACCAGGCUCUUGGGGUCGAGGCUACGAUUGACAGGCUUGUCAAAGAGUGCCAUGCUCAGAUCACCGAGGAGGAAAUUGCCAAGAUCAAGGCGAAGAAAGUCGAGUGCAAGGAGGUUGCAGAUGCGCUUGACUAUCUCGUCCUCGACUCUGCCGACCUGAACAUGUCUCCGGACCAGCUCGGCUACGGUCUUCUUCGGCCUGAGGAUCCCGCUCCCAGAUCUAUCCGUGAGCCACAAGGAUCGAAUGCUGCAGCCUUUCAGGCCGACCUUCAAGCUCCUGACACCAAUGAUGACCCCCCUUCAGACCCGGGCAAUCCUGAAGAUGACGUUGAAGUCGUCUAA